GAUUGACAGUGAAGCGAGUCUACUUUUUUCUUUGUCUGCUUCUCCUCUCUGUCGCUUUUCUUCAUUAUUUUACAUUCUACAUUCCACAAAUUUGUCUUUAAUUUCCAACGUAACCCCCCAUUUCCCAUUCGUUAUCACUUGUUUCUCAAACCUCUAAUCCUCUGUGGGUUUUUUUUUUUGGUUUGCGUAGACGCAUCUAAAUCUACCAUUUACAUGGCGGAUGCAGGCCGAAGAACAGAUUUCCUAAGCCUUCUCUCAGAUGGGGUUUCUAUUUCUUCAGCUUUCUCUCUGAUUUUGAAGCGUUUCUGAGAUGGGAUUUGUUGUUCGUCGUCUCUGAUAAUCAUUGCUGAUUCAAAUUUCAAACCCCAUUUUCUUUUUCCUUCUUUUUAUCUUCUAGUGAUUUUAAUCUGAAGCUCCCAAGGCGGAAAAUGAGGGAUUUUCCAUCUUGUUUUGGCGAAAAUGGCGUCCAAGUUGCAGAUUUCUCUUCCUCUAACAAUGGUAAGACUGCUCAAAACCUUGUCACUUGCGUUUAUCAAUGUCGAUUGAGGGGGCGUUCUUGCCUGAUUAGUGUUACUUGGAGUAAAAAUCUGAUGGGUCAAGGCCUGAGUAUUGGCAUUGACGAUUCCUCAAAUCAAUGCCUCUGUAAAGUUGAGAUUAAGCCAUGGCUCUUCUCUAAAAGAAGAGGGUCAAAAAGUUUAGAAGCUUAUUCUUGUAAAAUUGACAUUUAUUGGGACCUUUCUUCUGCAAAAUUUGGAUCUGGGCCUGAGCCUUUGGAGGGUUUCUAUGUGGGGAUUGUAGUGGAUAAGCAAAUGGUUCUUCUUCUUGGAGAUUUGAGAAAAGAAGCUUUCAAAAAAUCCAAUUCCUCCCCUCUGCCUUCUUCUGCUGUCUUCGUUUCCAAGAAGGAGCAUGUCUUUGGGAAGAAGGUGUUCUGUUCCAAAGCUCAGUUUUGUGACAAUGGUCAGAUUCAUGACAUUGCUAUCGAGUGUGAUACAAACGGUGUCGCCGAGCCGUGCCUGAUUCUCCGAGUUGACUCGAAGACGGUGUUACAGGUGAAGCGGCUGCAAUGGAAAUUCCGCGGGAACCACACCAUCUUGGUUGAAGGGCUUGCUGUGGAAGUGUUUUGGGAUGUUCAUAGUUGGCUGUUUAGUACAUCACCAGGAAAUGCUGUUUUCAUGUUCAAAACAUGUCUGUCUGCUGAAAAGUUGUGGGGAAAUCAACCAAUUUGUGAUCCUAAUGUCUUGUCCUGGUCUUUCUCUCAGAGAUUUUCAGACAGCAAAUCACAUGGUCUUGGUUUCUCACUGAUGUUAUAUGCCUGGAAGAAUGAAUAGAGAGACGUGGUUUGCAGAUUCUUUUCUAAUUUUAACAGAAAAAACAACUCUUAGCGUGUGAGAGAUUUUUAUCGUCCCUUUCCGCUUCGAUUACAUUCGAUCCGAUAUGAGAUCGUCCAUUGUCUUCUCUUCCUUUUUCCACCUUCUUGAGCAAACUGAGUCAUUUGAUUAUAUGAGAGGAUUUUGUUAUAGUUGGCUGUACAUUCCUUCAACCAGUGUUAAUUCUCUGUUUGAACUUUAUCAUUGUUGGCAAGUAUAUAUCUAAUAUAUGAUCACUUAUUUAGCUUCUUGCUAUUGAA